UAACUUGUAACCUCUUUGGCAUGUAUUUCAACAACCAGCUGUUUUAGUAGUUGGUGGUUCCGGUACGACGGUGGUUGGAUUAAUUGUGAUUUUACCAAGUUAUGAAGCCGGACUCAGUUUUUCCGGGAUAGAGGAUUAAAAUGUACUUCACAUAUGGCGUUUUAAACUUCGUAAAAAUGUAGCUGGUUUAUUAUUUAUUAACAUUUAACGAGAGCCCAAUGGGAAACAACGGUUCGAAAUUCGUUAAAAAAAUCGUGUCCCCUUUCAGCAACACAAAUAGUAGCGACGAUACUCGGAGUAUUGUGAAAUCAAAUAGCCCAAUCAUUGUAAUUUCAAGAAAAGGAUCAAUGUUCUUUGAUGAAGAUGGAGACUUGGCACAUGAAUUUUAUAUUGAAGUACCACCAACAAGAAAAGGAUGCAAAGCCACAAUGAAGAAAGUUCUCCAUAAUCUUAUUCCACAGGGAGAAGUUGCCCAUCAGUACCCUCGCUUGCAUGUAGACUUCCCCAUCAUUCUUCAUCAUGUCUGAGGUUUGGAUUCGAUCGCCUGUGACGUGUGCUGUAAUGUCUGGAGCAUAUCACCCUUGCUGUACAUUGCAAAUAUACAUAGAACUGCAGGACCUCACAUUACAACCAUUUGUUUGAAGCAUAGAUCUUUAUAUUUGGCUUUACUUACACUGUAUAUUCAUCCACUGCUUACGAAACACGUGUCGUGAAGUGUUCUGUUAAAUAUGAGAGUGUUAAUGUAUGGAAUUACCUAUUUAAAUAUAACAGUAGGAGGUAAUAUGAUGAUGGAAUAGUGUUUACUUUUAUUGGAGUUUAACAUUUGUUAAAUAUGUCUAUAUGUUAAUAAUUGUGGCUCAUUUUCAACAUAUUAUAGUAUCACACUUUUUGUUGUUAUGAAAGAAAAGCACACAGUGGAAUAUAAAUUUGUGCUGGCUUGACUUUCACAAACAUUUAAGUAAAUACAGUUCAGAUGACUCAAUGAGAUUAAAUUUCAGAUUUGAACAUUAAACUGAUAUAAUACUGUAUUAAAGAUGUUUUUGAAUAAUGUGGAGAUACAAUGAGCAACACGAUUAAAAGCAGGAAAAAAAAGUUUAAUUUAUUAUACAAAGGCUGUUCAGUAACAUAAAGAAGUGUGUUACACUUGUAUUUAUUGUAGUGGCAUGUCCAACAGAAGAGCUGAUGGCAUAUUUUUCCACUUAAGCAACAGAGCAAUGAGUCAGUAUUUUUCAUUGAUACACAUCCUAAUUGAUUCCCAUGAAGAAGAAAUCAGCUGAGUGCUUGUUCAUAGCAAAAGUGAUCCUUCUCCAGGGUAAUGCCCAUCCCAAUACAUCCUGUGUUCCAGUGAAUCCUCUGAAGCAGUUUUGCCGGUAAUGUUUGAGCCCUGUCUCCUGUCCGUGGGAAUGAAACAGUUAAUGUAUCACUGGGACAACUGUCUCGGUGGAAAAUGGACUGUGUCUUUUACUGCCUGUUCUGGAUAUGUCAGAGUAAUAAAUCUGAGUGUAUCACACCCACCCCAAGAUGUUAUUUUGUAAUAUACGUUAUGAUUCCAUGUAUGUUUUAGUGUGCACCACUAGUUGUUAUUGCAACACUUAUUGUAAUCAAACCUCGUUACAGUUAGGAUACUGUAAUAUGGAAAACAAAAUUCUUUUUGGGCCUGCAAAAUUAGUUAUCUGCUUUAAGUAAGAAGAAGGAAUAUUGGAGGAUGUGUAAUUCUUCUUGGCACUACAGUUCAAUGUUGAACACUGGCCUCUUCAAUCUUUUGCCUCCAUUCCGAGGCUUAACUUGAAGUUUUGGCCGGUCCCAAUUUGAAAGCGUCAGGAACUUGCUUGUUUGCCCUUGCAAGACUUAGCUGUAAAAACGUUGCCUGGGAGUCAUGACUUGGACAUGCAUGCAUUGGACUUGGUAGGAAUGAAUGGCAUUUCCAGAGUUUUUAAUGAUACAUAUCUGCCAGCAGGAUAUGUACUGUCGAGACCACAUGGAGGACACGUAAUUACAACAACAAAAUUAGAGUAAGAUAUAUUUUUCUAUUAUAUUUGUGUCAUUUUGUCAGGGAGUGUUAUUCAAACUGGAAUGCUGUUGGUAUCAGAGAACACUAGGCAACAUUUUGAGUCAUUUCAUUCUGAAGCUAUCAAGAUAUUGGCACGUUAGACAAUUUUCUGAACUUCGAGGAAUAUCAUCAGAAUGGUAAAUUUAACAGGAGUUGUGAAUUUUAUUUAAAUAAUACAGUUUUCUAUUAGGUAAUCCUGAUGUGGGAGUCAGUGGCUUCAUACAUUUCCCAUUUGAUGCAAAUUUAAAUAACAUGCCAAUAAAAAUUAUGAAUGGUACAAUGGGGAAAACACACAGCUUUUAUGCUGUAAGUUGUGUAGUAAUUUGUAUUAAAAGAUACAAAAAUAAGUUUGCCUGUUUGUAACUCUGGGCUGAUGCUUCUAACCCACCAAGUCCCUUGUUAAAUGGUAUCUAACAUAGUCCUGUGCAAGAUAUGAACUCAGAACUACACAGAUUUUUGUAAUUGACUUGUAGGCACUGUUUAUGAUUUCAGAUACACUACUUAUUUUUUCUGAAUAAUUGUACAAAAGUCCAUUUGAUGUCUGUUUAUGCAGUUCUAUACUACAACACCCAAAAGACCAGUAAAGUGCUUGAUAAACAUAAUAAUUAAUUCUUGUGAUAAACCCAUGUUUGUUCAUUAGAAGGGAUUUGCUGUUAAAUCCGAGGCUAGUGCUACACAGGCUAUGUAAGAGACCUCUGUGUCAAGAAUAAUAGAAUAUUUUUCAUGGU